AGCAAUGUCAUCAACCAAACCAGCAAAAGUGUCUACGCUUGGGCAUUUAUUACAACAACAGUAAAUGAUCUCCCCAGUUGUCUUCAGAGUUUAACGACAGAAUGGAAAAAUCUCCCGACCUAGUACUCAUCCAGGCGACAUCUAUACGUUCUUCAAAUCUGCCGCUAUUCUUGAUUCACGGCGACGACGGAGAUAUAUCCAAAUAUUUCCUCCUCGAUCCUCUGGAUCGUAACGUCUAUGGAAUCCGUAACCGGUGUUGCGAUUCAGCGAAGGCCUGGCCUGGAGGCAUACCAGAGAUGGCCAAGGCGUACCUCGACCUGAUACGUGCUGUGAAGCCCAGGGGGGAGAUAUUACUGGGUGGUUGGUCAUUAGGUGGUCUGAUAUCACUCGAGAUUGCACUUGUCAUUGCGAGAAACCAAUUUUCGCCGCUGAACGUGGAAGGAAUCAUAAUGAUCCACACGAUAUUUCCAAGCCAUCAGCUACGAAUUGAACAGGUCUCGAAGCGGCCAGACUCUAAUGCAGAUAGCCACAAUGGCGUAGGUCCUUGCAUGAUACAUAAUCAAAGAAUGAUUGCAACGUGGCGACCAUCGCCUUGGCCUAUCCGACACAUAUAUACAGGUCUAUCGGAUUUCGAAAGCGAGAGUCCGAUAGUGCCUCAGGAACCAGAACGCAUCUCAGAAAUUCGUUACCGACAGCCUCCUCCCCCGACUAUUCUUCUCCGUGCAAGACACCCUGCCUCUCUGGUGGCUCGAUGUAACAAUGCAGGAUAUUGCGCUGAUACUCAUUGCCAUCGACCGAUGCUUGGUUGGGAAAGCUAUAGGGAAGAUUUCAUUGUUUCCAUAAUUGAUAUUGAAGGCAACUGCUUUUCAAUAUUUGAUAAUAACUAUGUAGAAGGUUAUAUCUCCACCGAUACGCUUUUAGAUCUUCACCCUAUCUGCAACCGCAUUGCGGUGGUCCAGUUUGACGCUCCUGUGAGGCUCUACCUAGGCUUGCUCGUCAUCACGCUUAUAGACAAUAAGAAUAAUGUCAUGUUAUUCCAUUAUUUCACCGUCAGAGUCAAUUCUGACAUCUGUAUCAUUAGUAUCGAUCUGAAUUUGCCAAGCACCGGACCUAUCAGCCAAACCGUUAACAGUAAGUUGGCAGCGCUUGCGUCAACGACGCAAGGUCUCAAUGUGCCUGUGCUCGACUUGAUCUUUCCCACGGCAGCUUACACACAGUUGAUGUCAGAUACGGGGGCAAGGGAGAUGGAUCAGAGAAAACGUCAAAAGGAUUUUACUCAUACUACGAUCCAUGACAAAAACUCAUAG